CGUGAGUGCCAAACGACUCAACAGCCGAAGUACCGCGCGCCCGCGAACUUACCCCCAAUCCGCCCCUCACCCAUCACCGAAAAGACGUCAAUUGAGACGUCCCGCCUCCACUCGACCCAAUCUCGAAACAAACUACCUCUCUCUCCGGACCCGACGAUGACGGCGAUACGACCGACCGCGGCCAUCCGUGCCGCCCGCGCCAUCAAGACCUCUGCCGCCGCCGCCCCGACCACGAGGGCUUUCUCCGUGACGGCCCGCCGCGCUGGUGGUGGAUCCGACUUUGAUCCUCCUUCCGGCUGGCUCUGGGGCGUCAAGCCCGGCGAGAAGUACGAGAAGGAGGGCUGGGAGACGCCUUUCUACACCCUGUUCUGCGGAGGCAUCAUCACCACUGGUGUUGUCCUUGCCUUCAAGCCUGAUACUUCACUCGAUACCUGGGCCCUUGAGGAGGCCAGGCGGAGAUUAGAAAAGGAGGGCAUUCUGCCGGACCCCGAGAAGUGAACAGGGAAAAGCCAAUUUCUGCGACUACUGAUCACGAACACCGCGGUAUUCGACGGACAAACCCACCGAAUCACUUUUUCUUUAUCUGGAGCUUGGUUUUGGAGAAUAUUACCUUAGAAAGGGACGCAACGGAAGACACAAAGAAAUCGAGCCGCGAGGAUGGAGCGGAGAAACAGAGAGUGAGAGAGAGAAAGAAAUUCUCCCGAAGGGGAAAGCAAGCUCGUUGCCGAUACUCUCACGGCAAUGGUGUCUUUUCUUCUCCCCCCCCCCCCCC